AUGGCACGCACGCAAGUCUUCCUAGGGUUUCUGUCCCUGGGUCUUCUUCUGGUGCUUUACAAAGCGGCGUCUCAGGUCCCCAGUACGCUCUCACCACAGGGAUGCCGCAUGUCAUACAUGUCUCCAUCAUACCUUUUGCAAUCUUCAUUCAACCGAACAUGGACCCACCUUGCGGACCGAUAUUCUCUAUGGUUAUAUCGAGAGGUCGGCUGGGAAGAUCAGACGCUGGGCGGUGUCCCGGUCCUGUUCAUCCCAGGUAAUGCGGGCUCGUCCCGGCAGGCUAGGUCCAUAGCAUCGUCCGCCACAAGGCAAUAUUACGAGUCCCCACAUAAAGUGGCCUCAGAGUUUGCCGAUAAACAAUCUUACAGGCCUCUGGAUUUAUAUACGCUCGAAUUCAACGAAGACCUAUCCGCUUUCCAUGGUCCUACCCUCGAAUCCGAAGCUGCAUAUACAGAAAAGGCCAUAACCUUCAUCCUCUCCCAAUACCCACCGAAUACUUCGAUCGUCAUCAUGGCACAUUCCAUGGGCGGCGUAGUUGCCACCUCGCUCCUCCCAAAUCCCAACAUCGCAGCUAUCAUCACCAUGUCGACGCCACACACUCUACCUCCAGCUCGUUUCGAUCGCCGUAUUGCUAAAAUCUACGAAUCAAGCCUCGUGUCUGUCGCUGAGGACAUGACACCGAUCUUGUCUCUCUGUGGUGGUGCUACGGAUAUGAUGAUCCCUUCUGAAUCCUGCGUAAUUCCAGAUGGGGAGGGAUAUAGGAAGACAGUGUUCACGACUGCAUUGGAGGGUUGUUGGACGGGUGUCGGCCAUCAAGUCAUGGUGUGGUGCCAUCAGGUCAGAUGGCGUGUGGCACGGGCAGCGUUAGAACUGGGCGCUGUUUCUACGCCUUCUCAGCGGAUCGCUGUGCUUGAUCGUUGGUUGAACGAUGGCCAUUCCUUUUCUCAUCAUUCGUCCGACGACGUAGGAUGGACACCAUCGGCACCAGUAUCUUUAACACUGGAUGAAAAGUUGACUUUGAAGAAUCCCAGGGAGCAACACACCUACUUUCUUCCGAUCGGAGGCUCGCCGACAAGCAAGUUCAUCUUGUAUCUCUCGCAAGGAUCCAUUAUGUCUGUAUCUCCGCCAUAUCCCCUACCUCUCUCCGCUUCUGUGCGUCUAUGCCGAGGGUCGCCGUCAACUGGUAUCUGUGAGAUCCUCAUGCCGACUACCGUUCGACUGCUGCCCACUCUAGGCCCCGAUCGUCCGGCACCUCCUCCUUUAGAGGGCAUUGACGAAUCGGAAGGAGUCGUCUAUUUUGCUGCAGAUAUACCGGAGGCUGAAGAAAUACAGGAAGAGAGAUGGGUUGCUGUUGAUGUGCGGGGUACGGAUGGUCGUGGUUGGCUCCAGGGUGGCUUUAUCCACGAUAACCGUGGUCGCACAACCCACAAUCUUACUGUCCAUGGCGUUUUACACAGGGACGUAACAGUAUCAGUGCAGGGGUCAUCCCUUAGACAGAUCCUUGAGUUCCCGAAGCUUUCAUCGGAUGCACUUCUCGCCUACCGCUUGACUCCUAAGUUUUCUGUCUCGCGCUCAUGCGAUGAAACGUUGCUACCCCCUCUACUCCAACUUGCUGCCGGCCCAGAAUCUCAUUUCUAUUCUCUCGCCGCCUCCGAAACACAUCCUCAAACGACUCUCGUUAUUCAUGCACAUAACUCCGGGCCUUUCAUUCAUAAUUCCCCUUCACAUGGCAACGGGAUGAACCUCUCUAUUUACUCAACGCUCGAUGAUGGGUGUGCAAUUGAGUCCAUCGCUUUACGAGUGGACUACUGGGGUACCCUGGGGAAUGUCGCGGCUCGCUACUGGGUCGCAUGUGCAGGUUGGACGGUAGGCGUAGUGCUUUGGGUGCUGUUCGAUGCAUGGGCUGUUCAUGAACAAGGAGGCUCUAUGCCCACUGUUGGCCAGUCACUCGAAUCGUUCGUGAAAAGGAGACUACCUCUGCUGACAGUGACAGCAUUCUUCGUUUCUCUCAUCCCCAUGCCCGUCAAUAUCCUACUUGGAAACAGUGGCCAAGCCAUAUUUUCCCCUAUCGCUCCCGUGCUCCUGAUCCUCGUAACUGGCAUGGUAUGUAUAAGUUGGUGGCUGUUAAGUCUCUUCAUGUGGCCAUUCAACAGACUUCAACGCUUCACUAAUCCCUCUUGUAGACGAACAGAAGACACAAGAGUCCACCGACGAACCGCAUUCUCAAUGCUGUUCAUCUUCGCCCUCAUCUUCGUCUUCGUGCCCUGGCAAAUCGCCUUCCUGGGUUGCUACAUCUUCCACUUCUUCACCUGCGCCACCGACACGACCAACACCCGACAAACCACUGCCGCUUCUAGAACUCCACCACCAAGAUCGCCAUCUCCCGCGCGCCUCAGUUCCUCGCUUGAUAUCCACCAACAAAACACCCAUAUCCUCCUCCUGAUGACAUGGCUUUUACCGCUCGUCGCACCUGUACUGGCUGUAUGGGUCAGAACGCUUGCGACGGCUGGUUUGACGACACCGUUUGAUGGUGACCACAAUGUAUGGGCUGUAGCCCCCUGGCUCAUCCUAGUAGACUAUGCAUCCUGGACUCAGAGUUCGCUUCUUUCUCGUGAGAAAAUCGAGCCUAUUUCGCUGCGAUGGCUUUUCCUUGGAGCUUCAGGCGUCGCAUUCAUGGUCGGCGCCGGAAGGACCUACCGUGUUUUUGAUGGAGUGUGGUUAGCCAUUAGCCUGGCUGUGAUGAUACGCAUAGGACCAAGAUACUGGGGAGGACAAUCAUGGCCGCAGAUUUUACGGAGAGGGAAAUGA